GCCACAUUCCCACCCCUGUUCCUGCAUAAGCUGCGACACAAAGGUCGCCGCUGGCUGAUGCAAACCUCAACCGCCACCCUCACUUCUCCGACGCCCCGCACCUUCGCCGCCACCCCCUCUUACACAAACUGCACACCUUUCUAGCAUGGGUGAAAGUGAAAUCUCUCACAUGGAGAGGAUGAGAAAUACCUCACUUGUCUUUCCAUUGCACCGAGACAAGACUAACGGGAAAAAAAAAUAAAAGAGACAGCCGUCGUCGACCACGUCGUCCUCAUCAUCUUCUUUUACUCCUUUCGCUCUCCGAACAGUUUUCUUUUAAUGUUCUUUCUUAUUCUUUUCGUGUUUCCUUUCAUUGCACGCCCCGCGUUCAUGACUCUGUCUCCCUUGUCUCCUUUUUCUUUUUUUCUUUUUUUCUCUCUAGCUGCCCACCCUGCGCGGUGCCGACGAAGGCGAGAGUGCUGGAGUUCCGGCGAUUCGCUUUGCGGCGGGCGAAGGCGGGGACGGACGAUCCGGAGACGCGAAACGCGUGACCUCGGAAUUGGGACAAUGGACGCACCGCGAGCCGUGUGCCCGUGAGUAUAAGAAGGCCCCACCGCCGGCAACAUGUCGUCAGUCGCCGCCGCAGCUCGCUAUCCGUUCCUCACCGUCAGCCACAGGGCUUCCUAAUACUUCCGCAGGAAUAAUGAUCGCUCAGGUGACCUUCGCCCUCCUGGUGGGAUACGCUUCAGGUUUGGCCGCACACUACGGUGCCGGCGCGGGCCACUAUGGCGGUGGUGCGUUCGGCUACGGUGGAGGCCUUAUAGCUGCUCCUGCUGUAGUCAAAGCCAUUGCGGCCGAACCCGUCUACCCCCCGCAGCCGUAUGAGUUCGGCUAUGACACCGUGGACGAGUUCGGAACCAGGCUUACACGUCAGGAGAGCAGUGACUCGGCCAACCAAAAGAAGGGCUCAUAUGGCUACACCGACGCCAACGGCAUCUACCGCCAAGUGAACUACGUGGCCGAUGCCGCCGGCUUCCGUGCCACCAUCUCGACUAACGAACCCGGCACCGCGCCCGGUGAGACCGGUGGAGCCGUGUACGAUGCCAAGCCCGUUGCCGUGGUCGACAAGCACCACCACGUCAAGGCGGCCGCCGCCAUCCUGGCUCCCACCUACGCCGUUCAUCCGGGAUACUUUGGCAAAUACUGAGCUCCGACCUCACACCAGAUAACGCGUGACGCACGUGGGAAGCAGUCAUUCCAACUUGUCCAGGACAGAGCUGAUCUUAGCUGCGCAGGUUUCCCGUGGACGCGACGGGCCGAAUGCCUUGUUUUUAUAUGGGUGAGUUGAUCGCUGAACAGGAGAAACGUACGUCGUCCACAAUGUCGUCAUGGUGGAGGCAAACGUGACAGCUGUGGUCUGGCCAAAUGUGAAAGGCUGCUACUGUCUCUCAAGAUGCAAAAAAGGAUACUGUGUCAUGCGCUAGUGGGAAAUAGUGCUACACUUUCCUCCGUAGCAUACGUAAUCCAUAGCGGUGGCAUACAGCUCCCUCGUCUGCACUUUAUUUGGGUCAUUCAAAGCACACAAGCCAAAAAAAAAAACAAACAAAAGCGGAAAAAGGAUACCGUUAUGCAGUUGUGACCUGCAAAGAAGUCAAGGCGUAGCGUUACACCUCCUGGAGCUGAAGUAUUCAGUAUAAAAUCGACAGCAACCCUUGUGCGUCACCGUGACUUCAGGAUUUCAGAAACGGCUUCGGCAGAACUUUUAAAGUUCCUAGGGAACAGAGACAUGGGUCAGCGAGCUUCGGCGGUGAGGGGCGAAGGCUUACCUAGCGUCUCCCGAGAAGCAGAAUUCCUUUCUCAAUGGUCUCCGUCACCAUUCACUGCGACGUAUUUAAUGUGCCUAUUGUUCUUGCGCUGCUUCCGCUGUCCUUAUCGCUUCCACCUUCUUGCGCUCAGUGCUCUCGUCUGUCCUUCCGCCGCACUGCAGGACCCGAAAUGCUUAAGCAACAUGUCAUCGUGUGAAGUUUCGUGAUUGUGCUCUUUUUUGUGUGCGCUCAAGCGAAAGGGGAAACGUGGCGCUUUGUUACCGUGAUUGUGUCUGUGAUGGUGGUGCGUCGAGGAUGCCAGACUCGUUGAACACAGUGUUUCGGGCAAAAGGAAGCCCAAUCAUUCUGUUCAUAUUGAGUCGUCGGGGUUUCUCAUUUGGCUUUCGAGCGGUGUCCCUUGGAACUGCGUGUGGAUAUGCUACAUGUUGUCCUUUGUGUUGUGUCUGCUUGUAAAAUGUGUUGUGCUGUCUGUCGCCUAUUUAUUGAUAACGCAAUAAACAUCAAAGUAUUAUUUAAGCAUA